UACGUCGCUGCCAGAUCUCAGUUUAUUGAUGCCCUGCGAGGGUGGAAUAACGAGGGGAAAAACUUCAAAUGCGACUUGGAAAAACAACCGAAACCCUCAGCCUGAAAAAUCCAAUUUGAGCCACACGAAGCACUGAAACAAGGACCUCGGGAGUAACGAAGAGCCACAUGCAGCCAGAGGAGAGCAAAGUAACAAGGCAGUUUGCGUGACGUGUGAACGAAAAGCGGACAUACUGUCCGUCUGCGCGCUCAAUGAGGCACUGUGGAGGCAGCAUGCAAGGAUCGCGGGCAUCCUCUGUACCAGCACCGAAGAUCGGGUCCUAAAGCUGCUUCAGGGAAGAUCGGACAUGGAUGUGGAAUAUGCCACCAGGAACGAGACAUUUACAAACAAUGCCAGUGACCCAAUUCACAACACAUACAUUCCAUCAUGGGAAGAUUUCAACAGCAGCGUGAAUGACGUUCGCUACUUCUUGAUUGGACUGUACACAACGGUGAGCAUUUUGGGGCUUCUGGGUAAUAUCCUUAUAUUAAUGACACUAGCGAGGAAAUGGAAGGAAAAGACCAUCAUCAACUUCCUGGUGGGUCACCUGGCAUUCUCGGACAUCUUGGUGGUUCUGUUUUGCUCGCCGUUCACCUUGACUUGUGUGCUGCUGGAUCACUGGAUCUUUGGGGAGGCCAUGUGCCACAUUGUUCCCUUCCUGCAGUGCGUAUCUGUAGUCGUCUCGACGCUGGUGCUCAUGACCAUCGCCAUGGUCCGGUAUCACAUGAUAAGCCACCCGUUGUCCGCUCAUCUCUCGGUGAACGCCGGCUGCCUCCUUCUGGCAAUGAUCUGGGCACUCAGCCUGUCCGUGUGCUCACCCCUGCCGGUGUUCCACACCACCGUGGACUUGAGCGAGAGGUUCCACUUGGAACCUCUGCGCAACAAAUCACUCUGUAUAGAGUCGUGGCCCUCCAGCGGGUACCGCAUCGCGUUCACCAUCAGCCUGCUCUUCAUCCAGUACAUCCUGCCCGUGGUUUGCCUCACCGCCAGCCACGUAAGCCUCUGCUGGAGAGUCAGCGCCAGUGUCCAGGUCCAGCCUCGGGCUCAGGCAGAGGAGAACGAGAUGAUCCGGUUAACCCUCCAGCAGCCGGAUGAGACGGCCUCCCAGCCAGACCAGCACACCAAUUCUGACAGCUGGAGGUUGGCUCUAGCCCGGAAACAGAGGAGAAGAUACAGCAAAAAGACCUGCUUGGUCGGCCCGGCAACUUCGAGCCGGGAAACGGACUCCAGGGAACGGCUGACACCCAAAGAGCGGGACAAGUCUCCAGCUCCUCUUCUACCUACGGUUCCCAUCUGCUUCGAACUCAAGGAGGAUGAGACCAUGGAGCUGCAGAAGAUGCUCACGGCCUCCAAGUCGGUGUCCCGGGUGAGGAGGAGGACGCGUGGCGUGUUCCUUAAGCUGACCACAGUGGCACUGGCUUUCGCUAUCAGCUGGAUGCCACUGCACCUCUUCCACCUGGUGACAGACUUUAACGCCAAUCUGAUCUCGAGUCGCCACUUCAAGCUCAUAUACUGCAUCUGCCACCUGCUGGGAAUGAUGUCAUGCUGCCUGAACCCCAUUCUAUAUGGAUUCCUAAACAAUGGGAUCAAAUCGGACUUGCUGUCCUUGAUUAAGUGUUUCUACAUGUCGUAAUUGAGUUGGAGGUCAUGUGACAGGACACUGUGCAAUAGUCAAAGAAAGUGUUUAAAGCUAUUUAUGCGGGUAGUAAGUGCAUGUUUGCUCAGAAAAAGCGUAAGAUGACAGUAUACGCAAAUUAACAGUAAAAUAAUAAAAAAUAAGAAUUUCACCUGUUACAAUUACAAUUACAAUUACAAACCUAUCCUCAAGGCACACCAGCCGUUUCAUGUAUUCGUUACACUUCACCACUAGCUAACUUAAUUAAUUUUACUUAAUUAAAUAAUUUUUUGAGGUACUGAUCAACUAGACUAGUAUGCUAGUGGUCCCAUCAAUAAUUCCAUUGGAUAGUUACUACAAAUACUGGGAUGAUUUAAGAAAAGAUGCUGAAGUGGCUAAUCUGGCACACUUUGGUAGACAUGAUGUCACAGAUUUACACCAACAUAAAAUCAUUUAAACAUAGAUUUUUUUUUUUACUUUGACUUUUGCACAGCACUGUAAGUCAAACAGCUGCUGCGCAAAUGCUUAACUGUCCUUUACAGGUAACGGUAAUUUCCCCGGGGAGAAAAAAAACAAACAAACUUAGUGCUGCAAAGAUGGGUUAUUUUUGUGCUCAAAUUAUUGAUUCUGCUUGAUGUUUUGGUGGUGGAUGAGCAAGAUAUGGAUAUUGACAUCUCAAAACAAUGUACUAUACUGCAUGAUCAAUUAGUCAUUUUUAAAGCAAUUUUUUGUUAAAUAUAUAUGUUGUACAUGGCUACAUGCACUGAGUUGUAUUUAGUGAUAAGUAUCCUUCGUGUAAUCAUAAAAAUAGCUAUAAAAAUAAGUAAAAGGAUGCACUACCACUGACAUCAGAAAUGCA